UUAGUAAAUUUAAAUUGUCCAGACGAGUCGGUCUGACAAUUUAUUCAAGAAGAAAAAUAUAUUUUUUUAAAAUGGCGCCUAAAGGUGCUGAAUAUUUAGAGAUUGCUCAUCAAAGAGCUGUGGAAAAGAAAACACAUGUUAGUUUUCCUCAAUUAAAGUACCCAUCUCUUAGGGACGAAGGUUUAAGGGAUCCUGUACAAUGGUUGACUGGGAAGGCUAUGGAUGAUGGCGCUGAAGGUCUGUGGAGGGUCCAUGAUAGCAUCUAUGAUCUGAGUGAGUUUGUCAAUAAACAUCCUGGAGGCGCAGAAUGGUUGGACUUGACCAAGGGCACCGAUAUUACGGAGGCUUUUGAGAGUCAUCAUUUAUCAUCAUCAGUGGAUAAGAUGUUGCAAAAAUACUACGUGCAUCCAGCAAAAACGCCAAGGAACUCUCCUUUCACGUUCAAAGAAGACGGUUUCUACAAAAGCCUAAAAAGAUCUGUGAUGGAGGAAUUGAAAAGAGUUCCAAAAAGUGUUGGAUCGAAUACUGACAAAAUCAUUGAUGGGUUGUUUUUAACGUUUCUAAUAUCAUCGGCUAUAACGUCCUGGGCUAAAAAUUAUUGGAUUGUGACAGUAGCUUGGUUAACUGCGUCUUUGACUAUGGCCUGGGUGAUGGUGGCAGCUCAUAACUAUAUUCAUAGAAAAACCAAUUGGCGGAUGUAUCUAUUCAGCAUUGGCUUGUGGUCUUAUAGAGAUUUCAGAGUUUCACAUGCACUCUCUCACCACCUGUACCCUAAUACUCUUAUGGAUUUAGAAAUUAGUGGAUUCGAACCCAUAGUCUUUUGGCUUCCGAGACGAGACACACCGUCUUACGGAUACUUUUCAUUUUUGUUCGAGUUGAUAAUAUUCCCUUUUGGAUUUAUACUUAACUUUUUGAAAAGGUUGGCGUUAAACUUCAUUCGGAAAGAUUUUUAUAAGCGUCAUUACCGUUGGCAUGAAGGGCUCGGCUUGCUGCCUCUGGUCUGGAUGUACAUCUUCAGCAGUCACUCCUUCAUCGACACGUUUGUUUUAUGGCUGUGGGUCAACUGCACUGCAAGCUUCAUUUUCUUCACGAUUGGCACCAAUGCUGCUCAUCAUCAUCCUGACUUGUUCCACGAUGGCGAUGAACUGAGAGAACCCACUCGGGAUUGGGGUAUUCACGAAGUCGACGCGGUCGUUGACCGCACGGACAUCAAUGGAAACCUCUUCAAAGUAAUGACCUUCUUCGGAGACCACACCCUUCAUCAUUUAUUCCCCACACUGGACCACGAGAUACUACCAUACUUAUACCCCACGUUCUUAGCACAUGUCGCUAAAUACAAAGCUAAUUUCAGACUAACCAAGCAGUUGAACCUGUUUAUCCAACAGAUUAAAGUUACUAUGAAGAGAGAGCCUAACACUUUGUCAGAAGACGAUUAAUUAACUACCUAGUUAACGUUAACUUAAAUACGACCUACAUCUUGGCUUAAACUAAUUUUAUGUUCAAAAUUUAAGUAAUUAACACUUCAGGUUUGUCUUGCCGUAAUUGUUGUCAUGAAUUACAAAUAUUUUUAAAAGUAUAAGUAAGUUAGUAUUUAUUUUAGCUCCUGUGAUACAAUAAUACAAAUAAUAGGUCAGAUAUAAGGAAAAUUAUAGUUUUUGUCAGCAAAUGAUUCUCGUGAUUUAUACUUAAAAUGUGCCAUUUUAUAAAUGCAACAAUAUAUGGUUAGUUUAAAUAAAAUUUGUUGUAAAUAAAAA